CUUGAUAUAUGCGUGACACGUGUCAGCUUACGAAUAAAUAAUAACUGUGAUUUGCGAUAUAAUUUAUAAUAUAUUAUGAUCGUUUCGCGGUCUUAUUCCAGCAAAUAGUAAUGCUCUAUAGAGUUCUACAAUAAUAAUGUGUGUCGGAAUUAUCAAAUUAUGUAUCCAAUAACCAAACGUGUCAACACAUUAGUGCAUACUCAGUAUACCAUGCAAGCAUUAGUCUGUUACUGUACUAUUUUCUGGUGAUAAAGCAGAUGUUUGCAUGGUACUCACGACUAAUCAGGACAUGCAGACGAAAUUUUAGGUUCGAUUACUUUAUUGACAUUUUAUUAGCACAAAUUCGCAAAACGCGCAGAUCAAAUGUUGUCAAAAUUCAUAUGCGGAGUUAGAUGGACUUACAGAUUGCGUUCCAUUUAACGCUCGCAACUACUCGCAAUGCCCGUGCGAGCAUGCUUAUCCUUGUUUAACAUUUGAUAAACAACAAGGAUAAAAUAAUUCCACGUUGUAAGCGUUAAUGGAACGCAGUCAUACAUGACAAUAUACACUGCACACAUACAUGCAUUAAUCCGAACCUCAUAUUCCACAUAUGUACAAACACCGAGCACUGAUUGGAAAAACGAGUUAGGAGUAAUUUACCCCCAUCCAUUUUUCAUCACUGACGCUUGGACGUUAAAGUAGCAAGCGCCAAUGUCUGCAAUGUCUGCAUGAGAAUCCGGAUUGGUUCUCCCCUUGCGACAGAUUUAAUUUUUGAAUAGAAAAAAUGAGCUACGGUUAUCAAGGACCACCUAUUCAAUUUCCGGGACGAGCACGACCACCAACAUCAUUUGGAGCUCCAUCUGGUGCACCCUCUGCCCCUAAUGCUCCAUCUUAUUCUUCAAUGGGCUUCUCAAAUGCUCCACCGACAUCAUUUGGCAUGCCUCAACCAUACUCUCAAGCUCCCUAUCCAAUACAGCCCUCGCAUCCUUUCCCUGGCAAUGCACCCAGUCAAACUAAUACUUAUCCUCCACAACAAAUGCCAUAUCCCCAAUCUAUAGCCACGUGUUAUCCCCCUGAUACACAUUCUAAUCAAUCUGCACCAUCUCCUUAUCCCCAACAGCAAAAUUAUAAUUCAUAUCCUAAUCUUCAAACAGCACCAGAUGCUAAAGAAUAUUUUAGCAAUAUAACUCCUUCCCCUUAUCCUUCUGGACCAAAUGCACACACAGCUAAUUCAAUUCCAUACCAGAGAGGUAGCUAUCCCGGGGGGCAGGGGGUAAGCUCACAGUAUCCUUAUGCUGCUAAUCCUACUGCUGCUACUCGUGGUACUACCCCAGCCCCCCGGAGAGAUCAGUUUACGUCUAAGACUUCUCCCACGGUAGUACCUUACGAUGGCUUUGAUGCCAGAGCGGAUGCUGAAACUUUAAGAAAAGCUAUGAAAGGAUUUGGCACCGAUGAAAAAGCUAUUAUUCAUGUUCUUGCAAAUCGUAGUAAUCUACAGCGUCAAGAAAUCGCAUCUCAAUUUAAGACCCUUUAUGGAAAGGAUCUGAUAAAGGAUUUAAAAUCUGAGCUGUCAGGAAACUUCGAAAAACUUGUUCUUGCCUUGAUGAUGCCUCUACCUCAAUUUUAUGCUAAAGAACUCCAUGAUGCAAUGUCUGGUCUUGGUACCGAUGAGACGGUACUUAUUGAAGUAUUAUGUACAAUGUCCAAUCAUGAAAUUUCGAUUAUUAAACAAGCAUAUGAAGCAAUGUACGGAAAAACAUUGGAAGAUGAUUUAAUUUCUGAUACAUCUGGCAAUUUCAAACGCUUGAUGGUAUCAUUAUGUUGUGCCAAUAGAGAUGAAUCAUUUAAUGUGAAUCAAUCUGCUGCAAUGGAAGAUGCCAAAAAACUUUUGCAAGCUGGGGAGCUUCGAUUUGGAACGGAUGAGUCUACUUUUAACGCGAUUCUUGUCCAAAGAAAUAUGGCACAACUGCGACAAAUAUUUCAAGAAUACCAUAACAUAACAGGUCAUGAUAUUGAUGAUGCGAUUGAAAAUGAGUUUUCGGGCGAUAUUAAGAAGGGUCUUCUUGCAAUUGUAAAGUGUGUCAAGAACAAAGCCGGUUUCUUCGCCGAACAGUUGUACAAAAGCAUGAAAGGCAUUGGUACAGAUGAUAACCGUCUCAUUCGAUUGGUUGUGACACGUUGUGAAGUGGAUAUGGGUGAAAUAAAGAAUGAUUUUGUUCAUCGAUAUGAAGAAUCAUUGGAAGAUUUCAUAUCUGGUGACUGCUCAGGACAUUAUAAAAAAUGCUUAUUGGCACUAGUAUAGACCUAAAAUACAAUAUUUUCAAUCAUAUAUGGAAUUUCCGUUGCAUUUAUCGUCCAUCUUUUACAAAUACGUACGUAUGUAUAUGAAUGUUUCAACUCCUUCUCCUCUUAAUAUGCUACUUCCAACAAAUAUGCUAGUGAUAACGCAGACUUGUUCUUCGAAAUAUAA